AUUGUUUGGUUUUAUUUUUAUUGUAUUAAUGAUUAUUAACUUCUUUUGAUAUUGAUUGAUGUUUAGUGAAAUUUUGAUGUGAAAUAAAAGAUUGGUUUUAAUCAUGUGUUAUGUUAAUGAAUAUGCGUUUUUUUGUUUGAUUGGAUUGCAAAUAUUAGUUUAGGAAAUGGGAUUUUUGUUUUUUUAAUCUUUUUAUGAGUUAUGAAAAAAUCAGCGCUGUUUGUGUAGCAUAGUAUUGUUUUUGUUAUUGCAUUUGAAUGGCAGCCCACCUGCCGAUUUUUAUUUCACAGUAUAAAGAUUUGAGCUUCAGGGCAGUUUUUGAAUGAAAAAAGAAGCAAACUUUUUUAUUGUAUAUGAGCUGGUUGUAGUGUUAAGAAACUAUUUUGAGAAAGAAGAUGAGGGUUUUGAAUUACAUGCCACGUUACGGAUUUUUUUUAAGAAAUUCGUUUUGGUGGUAAACCUUUUUCGAUAUGUGUUUUCAGCUAGAAAAUAUGCAAAAUGAAAGAAGUCCCAAAGUUAACGGGUUUGUCGAUGGUGGUGUUGAUAAAAACAGCUGGGAUCAAAGUGGUUCUAUGGCAAAUGGGUUGGUUUGUGAGUUGAAAGUUGAUAGUGAAAAAAAUGUUAAAAAACUGGAUGAGGUUGUUGGGAACUUGAAUAAUGUACCAUAUAUUUAUGGACAAGAUAUUGUUAGACAUAAAAUGCACAAUGUGGUUGGGGUAGUGAGUGAAGUUGCUGGUGAGUCAGAUUCGGAUGGAAGUAUUAUGGAUGAUGAUGAUGAUGAUGACGACGACGACGACAACGACGACGACGACGAAGAUGAGUGUGAUCUUGAUGAAGAUGCUGGCAAUGAGGGAGCUGAUGGUGAUGGUAAUGAUAAUACCAAUAGCGAUAGGAGUGAAGGGAGCGAUAAUUAUAAGAGUGAAACUCUUCAGACUGAUCAGGUUCGAGUAGUUUGGAUGGGUGAUGUUAAACCAGUUCAACAUGUCAAUGAUGUGAUUGUCAUUGAUCGAGGAUUCUUACACGGGGACUAUGUUGCAUCUGCUUCAGAUCCAACAGGGCAAGUGGGUGUUGUGGUGGAUGUUAAUAUCUCUGUUGAUUUGUUAGCUCCUGAUGGAUCCGUUAGAAAAGACGUUUCAUCCAUAAAUUUGGUGCGUGUUAGGGAAUUUUCUGUUGGUGAUUAUGUGGUCUUUGGUCCCUGGUUAGGCAGAGUUGAUGAUGUUGUAGAUGAUGUGACUGUGUUAUUUGAUGAUGGUUCUGUGUGCGAAGUAAAGGGGGCUGAGCCACUGCAUCUAAAACCAAUUUCCAAGGGUAUCUUUGAGGAAGAUGAACAUUUUCCGUACCAUCCCGGCCAGCGUGUAAGGGCUACCUCAUCAUCAGUUUUUAAAAACUCUCGGUGGCUAUCCGGCUUGUGGGAAGCUAAUAGAUUGGAAGGUACUGUUUCUAAAGUUACAUCUGGAUCAGUUUUCAUCUAUUGGAUAGCUUCUGCUGGCUAUGGACCUGAUUCUUCAACUACCCCUGCUGAAGAGCAGGAUCCAAAGAACUUAGAACUGCUGUCUUGUUUUGCACAUGCAAGUUGGCAAGUGGGUGACUGGUGUCUUCUCCCAUCAUCUGUUGCUCAAUCAUCUUCUGUUACUUUAGACAAGGAUUUAUUGAAGUUGGGAAUCCAUGACCCAGCCAAAUGUGAAUUAGAUCCUAGUCAACUGGGAAAUGGAUGUGAUUCAGAAGGAGUUGCAAAUGAGGAAGUAGAUGAUACGAAUGGAUCGAUGGCAAUUGAUCCAGUGACAGCACCGGAUGGAAAUGUAGCCAUUAUUGCAAGUAAUGAAUCUAGCUCUUGUGGUUGUUCAACAUUGCCUGCCCAUCGCAGAAAGAUACGUAAAGUUUUAAUCAGAAGAGAAAAGAAGAGUAAAAAAAAAGAGGAAGAUUUUGAAAGAGCCCUUUUGAUUGUCAACACCAGGACAAGGGUCGAUAUAGCAUGGCAGGAUGGAGCUAUAGAACGUGGGCUGAAUUCUACAACAUUGAUUCCAAUUGAUAGUCCUGGUGAUCAUGAAUUCGUUGCUGAACAGUAUGUUGUGGAGAAGGCCUCUGAUGAUGUUGAUAACUCAUUUGAAUCUAGACGUGUUGGUGUUGUUAAAAGCCUUAAUGCAAAAGAGCGAACAGCUUGUGUGAAGUGGUUAAAGCCAGUUACCAGGGCAGAAGAUCCUCGUGAGUUUGACAAGGAUGAAAUUGUAAGUGUGUAUGAGCUGGAGACUCAUCCAGAUUAUGAUUAUUCCUAUGGGGAUGUAGUUGUUCGAUUAUCCCCGGUUUCUGUGUCUGAUCAAACCACCUCUGAUUUGGAAACUAUUGGGGAAUCAAGGCAGCAAAGUGGACAAAGUGAGAUUAUGAAUACACAAAAGUGCUUAGGACGUAAGAAAGGAGAGGAUGCACCGAGUAAUGAUGUUUCUAUGGACUCCUCAGAUCUCUCUUGGGUUGGGAAUAUAUCUGGUCUUAGGAAUGGUGAUCUCGAAGUCACAUGGGCUGAUGGGAUGGUUUCAAUGGUUGGACCUCAAGCAAUUUUUGUGGUUGGUCGAGAUGACGAUGAUGAUUCAGUUUCAGCUGGGAGUGAAGUAAGUGAAGCUGCAGCUAGUUGGGAAACAGUUGAUGAUGAUGUGAGGGACACUCAUGAUUAUACUCAAGAGGCAGUUGUGCUGCAAGAUGCAACUGGCAUGAACUCAGAGGAGGAAGAGAGUGUGGAGAAUUAUAGUUCUGGAAGGAAUGCAGCACGCAAUUUUCCACUCACUGCACUUGACUUUGUUGCAAGAUUGGCCACUGGAAUAUUUUCACGAGGUCAGAAAAAUAUCGACCCAGAUUUUUCAGGCUACCAAGGUGAAAACAAACUGCAUUCUCAGGGAACAAACUGUAUUUCUGAAGAAAAAGAUUCCAGUGAUGAGUCCAGUGCUGAAAAAUCUAAUGUCAAUAAUAACUGUGGUAUGCAAAAUACCAAUGGAAAAGACAAACAUGUGUCUAUGGAGGACCCAGGAUCAUCAAAUGCAGAAAAAACUUCAUGCAAUUUAAGCACCGAAAAGUCAAAUGCCAUGACAUGUUCUGAGGCUCGGAUUCACCACUACUUUAAACAUUUUGACACAGCUGAAGAUCCUCUGGACCAUCAUUUUCUUGAUUCAAAUAGACUGAUCAAAAAUGGAAGGAAGUGGCUUAAGAAGGUUCAACAAGACUGGAACAUCCUCCAAAACAACCUGCCAGACGAGAUCUACGUACGGGUUUAUGAGGAUCGAAUGGAUCUCUUAAGAGCAACAAUAAUUGGGGCAUAUGGAACACCUUACCAAGAUGGGCUAUUCUUUUUUGACUUUCACCUCCCACCAGAGUAUCCUGAUGUCCCUCCUUCAGCAUACUACCAUUCUGGUGGUUGGCGAAUAAAUCCAAAUUUGUACGAGGAGGGGAAGUUGUGCCUUAGCCUUUUAAAUACCUGGACUGGCAGAGGAAAUGAAGUCUGGCACUCGUGUUCUAGCAUCCUUCAAGUCCUAGUUUCACUUCAAGGGUUGGUGCUAAAUUCUAGACCAUAUUUUAAUGAAGCUGGAUAUGAUAAGCAGAUCGGGACAGCUGAAGGAGAGAAAAAAUCGUUGUCAUAUAACGAGAAUACUUUCUUGCUAAACUGCAAGACAAUGAUGUAUCUUAUGCGAAAACCCCCCAAGGAUUUUGAAUACUUGGUAAAGGAGCAUUUCAGGAGGCGUGGGUACUACAUUCUUAAGGCCUGUGAUGCGUAUAUGCAAGGCAAUUUAAUUGGAUCUCUCUCUCGAGAUUGCUCUAUAAGCAGUAAGGAAAGUUCCAAUCUAACUUCGGUUGGUUUCAAGUUGAUGUUAGCAAAGAUUGUGCCAAAGCUUUACUUGGCAUUGAAUGAAGUUGGCGCUGAUUGUCAUGAAUUUAAGCAUCUGCUACAGUCAUAAAAUUAUUUAACAAGUUGGUCUUUCAAUAUUUGGAUCAAACCAGCAAGGUCAUGGUGUUUUCUUUUUUGUUUUCCCAUUCAUUCAUUGCCAUUACUUUCAAAUCCCAAGUACUUGUAAAUGUAAAGGUUUUCAGAAACAUGAAUUUGGGGUCUGAGACAUUCAGUGUCUUUAUUAAUUUUAGGUCCUGGGGUAUCUUCAGCAAAUUAAGGCUCUUCAUUUAGUCAUAUGAUUAUUUGAUCAUGGAACACAACAGAUCAGGUCAUGGAAGCUUUGCUUCUGACUUCUUGCUUUGACAAUUUUCUGGUACUUUGGGAUCCAGAAGACAGGAUUUUGGAUUGACUGUUUAACUUGCUAUUUUAUUGAAAUGAUGUAUUAUAUAUAAUUGAAGACAGAGCUUGCAAUAA